ACACCGGAAGAGGACGGACCUAAGAUGGCGGCCUCCAGGGGAGCUGGGAAUAGCCGCUCAUGUCGGCUAAUGGAGCGGUGUGGGGCCGCGUGCGAAGCCGCCUCCGCGCCUUCCCCGAGCGGCUGGCCGCCUGCGGGGCCGAGGCCGCGGCGUACGGCAGGUGCGUGCAGGCCUCCACGGCCCCGGGCGGCCGCCUGAGUAAGGACCUCUGCGCGCGGGAGUUCGAGGCCCUAAGGAGCUGCUUUGCCGCCGCGGUAGGUGGGCGCGGGCCCCUCCCAGCCCUUCCCCUCCAAGAGCCAGCGGGCCCCGGCUUUCCUUUGUUUUCCCGUUGGUUCAAGGUUUGAGCGCCUGCCGCGUGCUUUAGACGCCGGCUGACAAAACCACCGAGCCACCGACGAGCCCGCGAAACGUCGGCCGUCCCGGGCUUGUCCCUGCAUAUUUGUAAAGCGGGACUGGCACCAGCCUCAGAAAGGAUGGGAGAUGUGUGCAAAAAAGAGCCUUGUAAAACGCGUAAGCUUUCAUGUUAGCACUGCCGCCGAAGGGUGUCAUGCCAAGAUCGACCAAACACAGGACUCCGGGAAAGUGCCCAGCAUCCUUCCGGGUCUUCACCUCCCCGGCACUUGCAGCCCCCUGUGCAGCUGCAGUGGUGGAUUCCUUCAGCACGUGUCCUGCCGGGCACCCCCAGCCACCCUCACAACUCGCACGAUAGGGCUUUAAGUCAUUCUGAGGCUAGUUCCCUAAGUGUCAGCCUCACCGGGUACCACCUCAGUGUAUCUGGGUAGGCCGUGAUGCCAGUGCUGACUCUGUUUACUGGGAGCUGUUAAUCCGGAGAUUUGGACCAGAGAAAGGGUAUUUGAACAAGAGCUCCACGGCCUUCAUCCCUACCCAGCUCCAGCAGCCUUGGAUCCAGGGGUGGGUGACUCAUCAGAAGUUGCACUUUUUGCCGGGUAUCGUGAUGCGUGCCUGUAAUCCUACCACUUUGAGAGGCUGAGGCAGGCGGAUUGCUUAGGCCUAGAAGUUUGAGACCAGCCUGGGCAACAUACGGAGACCCCGUCUCUAUAAAAAAAAAAAGAAAGAAAGAUUAGCCAGGCAUGGUGGUGUAGUCCCAGUUACUUGGGAGGCUGAGGUGGGAAGAUCACUUGAACCUGGGAGGUGGAGGUUGCAGUGAGCCGAGAUCAUGCCACUGUACUCCAGCCUGGGUGACAAAGUGAGACUGCAUCUCAAAAAAAAAAAAAAAAAAGGUUGGGGGGCUCCUGCUUUCCCUUUAUGAGAGCUUGAGACCAAAUGUGGCAUCUGGUGGGGGCUCAGAGGAGGGGGCAGCAGUGAGUUCUGUGAUGGUGUCAUGAGGCCCUUGUCCCGUGGACAAGUGACCCAGAGAACCUGCCCAUGGGGCCCCAGGCUCUGACCAGUCCAGCCCCCACCACAUGCCAGCACCCAAGUUCUCUGUAAGGUAUUUGGUAGAACACAGCAUUUGGUGUGGUAGCUUUCUUUUGAGGCAUAUCUAACUUGGAAGCAAGCCAUUCAGACAAAACACUUUAUCUUGCAGGCCAAGAAGACGCUGGAGGGAGGCUGUUAGGAGGGACUCUGAGCUUCACACCUGUCUGCUGCCGUGGGUGCAGAGCCCUAGUCCUGAUGGGCCCUGGUGGCACACAUUGAAUGCCGAGGGCAGAAAGGAAGUGGGAAUGGCGAAGAUGUAACGUUCCUUGGUGUUAGAUCCUGUUUCUUCCUAACAAGUUGAGGCGUGGGUAGAGCAGGAAUUGGUUUUCCAGCAUUGUGUCUGUAAACCUGAGUUAGAAUAAGAUGUAACGGAAGCCACGAUAAAGACUCCGUCAAAUCCUGCA